AUGGAGUCUAAACCUUCAAGGAUUCCAAGAAGAAUUUCUGUUCAACCCCCCAGCUCUUUAAGUGCUAGGAUGAUGUCUGGAAACAGAGGAAGUAAUUUAAGUGAUACCUAUCACUCAAGAGACUCUUCCUUUAGACUGGAUUCUGAUUACCAGUCUACAUCUGCAUCAGCAGCUGCAUCUCCAUUUCAGUCUACAUGGUAUAGUGAAUCUGAGAUAACUCAGGGUGCACGCUCAAGAUCACAAAACCAGCUACGGGAUCAUGAUUCAAAAAGACCUAAACUUUCCUGUACAAACUGUACAUCUACCUCAGCUGGGAGAAAUGUUGGCCAUGGUUUAAAUGCAGUAUCAGAUUCUUGGAGACAUAGUCAAGUUCCCAGAUCUUCAUCAGUGGUACUUGGAUCAUUUGGAAGUGACUUAAUGAGAGAGAGGAGAGAUUUAGAAAGGAGAGCAGAUUCCUCCAUUAGUAAUCUUAUGGAUUAUAGUCGCCGAAGUAGUGAUUUCACAACUUCAUCGUAUGUUCAAGACAGAGUUCCUUCUUCAUAUUCACAGGGAGCAAGACCAAAAGAGAACUCAAUGAGCACUUUACAACUAAAUACAUCAUCCACAAACCACCAAAUGCCUUCUGAACGCCAGACUGUACUGUGCUCUAGGGAUUCUAGAAGAAAUUCUUUAAGAUCAAAUUUUUCUUCAAGGGAAUUGGAGUCUCUCCAAAGCAAUACACAGCCUGGAUUUUCUUAUCUUUCAAAUAGAGGUGAAACCUCAACCAUAAGCAAUUCAGAUAGGGUUGGUCCAUCUCAAAGAUCAUUUCAAGAAUCUUCUGACAAUGAAGGUAGACGUACAACAAGGAGAUUACUGUCACGUAUAGCUUCUAGUAUGUCAUCUACCUUUUUUUCACGAAGGUCUAGUCAAGAAUCCUUAAAUACAAGAUCAUUGAGUUCUGAAAAUUCAUAUGUUUCUCCACGAAUUUCUUCACAGUCUCGUAAUGCAGCAUCAACUUCUGACAUUCUUGAUAAUAGGGCAUCUGAAGCUUCUCAGGGAUUUCGAUUUCUUAGGCGAAGAUGGGGUUUGUCAUCUCAAAAUCAUAGCACUGAGCCAGAUUCAGAAAAUUUUAACCAAGAAACUGAAGGUAGAAAUACAGGACCUUGGCUAUCUUCCUCACUUAGAAAUAGAUGCACACCUUUGUUCUCUAGAAGAAGGCGAGAGGGACGAGAUGAAUCUUCAAGGAUAUCCACUUCUGAAACGCAAUCUCGAUCUCAUAUUUUUAGAAGAGAAUCAAAUGAAGUGGUUCAUCUGGAAGCACAGAGUGAUCAUCUAGGGGCUGCUGCCAACAGAUCACAAGCACCUGCAGCAUCUAGCAGUGCUGCUGCAGGUGGCUCCAUGUCAGAUUCGGCUCGCAGUGGAAGAAACACAGGAAUGACAGGGAUCCUUCCUGGUUCUUUGUUUCGAUUUGCAGUCCCCCCAACACUUGGAAGUAAUUUGACCGACAAUGUCAUGAUCACUGUAGAUAUUAUUCCUUCAGGUUGGGGUUCAUCUGGUGGAAAAAGUGAUAAAACUAAAAGUGCACCUUCAAGAGAUCCAGAAAAACUGCAGAAAAUAAAAGAGAGCCUCCUUUUAGAGGACUCUGAAGAAGAAGAAGGUGACUUAUGUAGAAUUUGUCAGAUGGCAGCUGCAUCAUCAUCUAACUUGCUAAUAGAGCCAUGCAAGUGCACAGGAAGUUUGCAGUAUGUCCAUCAAGAGUGUAUGAAAAAGUGGUUACAGGCGAAAAUUAACUCUGGUUCUUCCUUAGAGGCUGUGACCACCUGUGAACUCUGUAAGGAGAAGUUACAGCUCAACCUGGAGGACUUUGACGUCCAUGAACUGCACAGAGCUCAUGCAAAUGAACAAGCUGAGUAUGAGUUUAUCAGCUCUGGUCUCUACCUAGUUGUGUUAUUGCACUUGUGCGAACAAAGCUUUUCUGAUAUGAUGGGAAAUACAAGUGAACCAAGCACACGAGUCCGAUUUAUUAACCUUGCAAGAACUCUUCAGGCACAUAUGGAAGAUCUCGAAACUUCAGAGGAUGAUUCUGAAGAAGAUGGAGAACAUAACAGAACAUUUGAUAUUGCCUAA